CGGAAUCGUUGCGUCGAGUGAGUUUACGAAACCCUAGCAGUUUCGGCCGUGAUAAUGGCGACUCCGAAUGAUUCUCGGGCUGUAAAGUCAUUUAACAAAUCCAAUGGAAAAAACAGAUUUGUGCACGAGAAUUUCUCCAAGAGCAUGGAUGGCAUUGAAAGCAAAGUCCACAAAGUCUUUAGGAGCUUGGAUAAGGUCAAGGAUAAGCCUUCAAAAGAUUCCACAUUUUUCAAGGAUUGCCUCGUGGAAUGGAGGGAACUGAAUACAGCAGCAGAUUUUAUUUCAUUUUAUGAAGAAAUGUUGCCGGUUGUUCAAACUCUGCCCUUAAUUAUCUCGCAAAAAGAAUUAAUCUUCAAAAAACUUGUCUCUGGAUUACAAAUAAAAGCAAGAUUCUCUCUGGAAGCGUUUCUUGGGUUGAUUGCUGCUUUAUCGAGAGAUCUCUUGCGCAGCUUUAUUCCCUUCCUUCCACGACUUGUAAACUCCUUAGUGACUCUCCUGAAAAAUUGUGGUCAGAAAGAGACAGAGAUUCUUGAGCAGAUAUUCUUAUCAUGGUCGUACAUAGUGAGGCACCUUCAGAAGUAUCUCAUAUGUGACCUCGAAGGUAUUCUCAGAUAUACAUUGGAGCUGAGGUAUUACCCCAACGAAUAUGUCAACGAGUUUAUGUCACCUUCGAUGUCAUUUUUAUUGAGGACUGCACGGGAUGAGCAACUCGAAAUAGGGAUCAAGAGGAUCCUUUCUGAAGUUGCAGAUCCACUGAAAAUAUGUGGAGGAGUUAGUCUACUAUAUCAUGUUAUGAGGGGUCCCUCUCUGAGACUCCAUUCCAAAGCUGGGCAGGUUUUGAGCUUCUUGCUGAAAGAUUCAACAUUGUCCUUAGGUGAUAAUUUCUUUUCUAAACAUAAAGCUGUGAGUUCAACUUUGCAAAGACUAUGCGAGGAUUUUAAAGCAGAAGAACUAAGUGUUAUGUGGAAUUGCCUGUAUGAAGAAACGAAAAAAUCAAUCAAAAACAAAAAAUCAGCUCAUUUGAGGCGACUCUUGACUCUGCUUACUUCAGGUGUUAGGGUUAAGAAAGGUCUCAAGGUUUAUGAUUACUCAUGUUUGGUUGGACUCGUGAGCCAGAUUGUGUCAACUUUUACGGAUUCCUCUGCUGUUCUCAAAAAAGUUCUGGGACUGAUGUUAUGCACCAUUGACAGACCUUGUGAUGUCAGUGAAAUCGAAUCCAUUGCCUCGCAAUGGGCUCCCAUCUUUUCGUUGAAGAGCUCAAGUUUGUUGAUUUUUUUGCGGGAGUUGCUAGAGAAAGAUAGAUUAAUAGUGAAAGCUUUUUCAAGUCAUAUAUUAAGGUCGAUCAACAAUAUGAUUUUUGGGUCUCCGGAGGAGGUAUUUCCUCUGUUACUAUCAUAUUGUAAGAAGCAGCAAACAAGUCACGACAGGGUGAACAUCAUAGAUGAAUCAUUUGAGAGAAUUCAUGAGUUCUUGGAAGAGAAGAUUAAGAAAAUCCAAACGAACAUAGAGAAUGCAGGAUUAGCUCAAAUAGAAGAGGCUGAGGUUGCUGCUGUAAGGAGAGCUGUCGAAUGUUUUCCCUAUUUUAAAGUGGAUUCGUCAUUGCUGAUUUGCUUAAAGAAUACUCUCAUACAGCAUUUGGCAGCCUCAGUUGGUAGCACUUGUAGUGCUCCGGAACUGAUGUGGCAGAGCUUACUUGGUGCUGUUUUGAGGUCAUGUCACAAAUUCCCUUCUAAUGGAAGACGCAUACACAGUGAUAUAGAGGAAGCUUUGUCUCUUGCUAAAUGUUACAAGUCAUGUGUACAAGUGCUGUCUCCUGUGGCUGACUAUUUGGAUUUUGUGUAUAGUCCUGCAUUAGCUAAUGAUGAUAUCUCUAAGACAUGUCCAGAACUUCAAGGAAAUAAUGCUGAAGAUGCCUUUGACAUGUUUUCUGAAAAUUUACGUCACUCGAACAAAGACAUCCGUCUAAUGACUUUAAGGAUUUUGUGCCAUUUUGCAACUUUGUUUCGUAACCCUUGUUUUGAAGAGCAUCCUCCAAAGAAGAAGCGGAAAACUGAAGUGAUUCAAAAGUCUUUCCAUGAAAAGAAUGUUCUUCACUUAUUAAAAACAGUCGAAGAGUCUCAUCUCACAGUAUCGACUGCAAUGGAGUUGGUCAGAGGCAUUACUACAAUACGAACGGAUCUCUCGGCUGGCAGGAUACAUGACGCAUAUGUGCCACUUGUGUUUAAUGGAAUGUUAGGGUUAUUUCAUAAUCGAUUCUCUGAAAUAUGGGAACCAGUAUCUGAGUGCCUUGCGGUUCUUAUGAGGAAGCACACAGGAGCGGUGUGGAACGAUUUUGUUCAUUAUUUAGGCCAGUGCCAACUAAAACUUGAAGCACACGACAAUCAUCGUGAGAAUGAAAAUUACAGCAUUUCACAGAAACAUACUGGUCUGAUGGAGAGUUCUAAUUCGUUUCUCUUUCAGUCGUGUGAUAGUACACCUACUGGAAAAGUAGUAUCUCUGUUGCUCAAGACCUUACAAAAAGUUCCCACUGUUGCUCUGUCUCGAGCCUCUGAUCUUCUGCCUUUGUUAUUGAAGUUUUUGGGAUACAACAGCGAAAAUCCUAUGAGGGUCGGAUUAUAUAAUGGCGGAGCUUGUAAAGGAGAGGAGUGGAAGGGGUUGCUUAUACAAUGGUUGGCUUUGCUGAAGUUGAUGAAGCAUCCGAGGUCUUCGCGUUUUAGCCAGUUUGUAAACGAUGUUAUGCAGAACAGGUUCUUGGACGAUAAUGAUGCUGAAAUACAAAUGAAUGUCCUAGAGUGCCUUGUGUUGUGGAAUGACUAUUUACUCCCACACCGCCACCGCUUGGAGAAUUUGAUCAAACCAAAAGAACUGAGAGAAGAGCUCGCGACCUGGAACUUCUCCAAGAACAUUGAUGAAGCUCACAGAUCUCAUUUUGUUUCUCUUGUAAUUAGGAUCCUUAUGCCAAAAGUUAGGAAUUUGAAGAACUCAGCGUCGCGUAAGCAUACAAGUAUUCGUCACCGGGAGGCGGUUCUUGGCGUUAUAUCUCAGCUGGAUGUUAAUGAACUUGCUCUGUUCUUCGCAUUGUUGAUGAAGCCUUUGAACAUCAUAUCAGAGGAAACAACGGACUUGUUUUGGAGCUCAGGCAAAAGCUCUCUGGAUUAUUUCCAAAAGUCGAAUUUCCACAAAUAUAUAAACGUUGAUAGAAUCUCGACCUUAUCCUGGAAGAAGAAAUCUGGUUUUCUUCAUGUCAUCCAACAUAUACUUGAAGUCUUUGAUGUAUUUCAUGUCCGACCAUUUCUCGACUUUCUGAUGGGAUUUGUUGUCCGGCUAUUGAUAAACUACGAUCCCAAUAUCGACGAAGGAAAGAGCAUUGAUAAAGAGAGUGUUGCAACAAAUCACGACCAGGCUGGCACUUCUGUGAAGCAGUUUAAAGAGUUGAGAUCCUUAUGUCUGAAGAUUAUUGCUCGUGUUCUUGAAAAGUACGAGGAUUGUGAUCUUGGCUCUGAGUUCUGCGACCUCUUCUUUUCAGCAGUGAAUCCGUUAAUCAAGAGUUUUAAGCAGGAGGGUUCUAGCAGUGAGAAACCAAGCUCAUUGUUCUCAUGCUUCUUGUCAAUGAGUAAAAGCCGCAGUCUCGUCACCUUCUUAUGUCGGGAAGAGUCUCUUGUUCCAGACAUUUUUUCGAUUCUAACAGUCACCACAGCUUCAGAAGCUAUAAAGUCCUCUGCCUUGACUUUCAUAAAGAACCUGCUCCGUCUUGAGAGUGACUUGGACGAUGAUGACCAUAUGAUCAAAGGAUUCUUAGAUCCUUAUAUAGAGGCACUGAUUAACAGCUUGCAUUCUCUUUUCCGUGAGGAUAUUUUGAAAAGGAAAUCAUUCAAGUAUCAUGGAGAAAGAGAGAUUAAGAUUCUUAAACUAUUGUCCAAGCACAUCCGAGAUGAAUCUAAUGUGAUGAAGUAUUUGGAUAUCUUGCUGUCUUUCUUGGAUAAACGUGUGAAAGAUUCUGAUAUUCAUCGUGAGGCUUUGCUAGCCAUUCAGGACAUCACAUCAUUGCUUGGGAGUGAGAGUACUAGCAAAAUUAUAGAUAAAGUCUCUCCUCUGCUUGUUGACGCUGAACUUGAUGUUAGAUUAUGCAUUUGUGAUCUUCUUGAAUCUCUUGCGAAAAUCGACUUUUCUCUGGAUCUAGUGGCAAAAUGCGUCAGCGAUAUGAAUGCAACCUCACCCAUGGAAGUCGAUGAGCUUGACUAUGACACAAUAAUCAAUGCCUAUGCGAAGAUUGAUGCGGAUUUCUUUAACAAAUCCUCGGAGCAGCACAUGAUGAUCAUUCUCUCACAGAGUUUAUACAACAUAUCAUCAUCAGAAGUUACGUUAAAGGACUGUGCAUGUAGCCUCUUGUGCACUUUUGUUGAAUUCUCAGCUUCCAUACUUUGCCAAGAGGCUUCAGCUCACUCUGACAUUGGCAAAGAGGUUUCAAAAUCUGAUGCAAGCUGGAGAGGACAUCGUGUGUUGUGGAUUAUAAAUAAGUUUAUUUUGAAACACAUUAAAGAUGCGGUAAAGAGAGGAAUUUCUUGUGGAAAGGAGGAGUUUCGUUUGAUACGCAAAAUGGUGACGAAACUUCCAGAUUCCGGGAAUCUUGCUGCAUUCAGACCUUUAUGCUCUGAAAACGAUGACGUUGAUUUCUUUAAAAACGUCUUUAGCAUUCAGACACACUGUAGAGCAAAGGCGAUUAAUCGUUUUGCCAGGGAAAUCAAAGAUAGCAGUCUGCCUGAGGGAGUAGUGAGAGAACUUUUGAUCUCAGUCUUUUUCAACAUGUUGCUUGAUAAACAAGGAAAAAUAGGUCAAAAUAAUGUCCAUGAUGCAUGCGUAGAAGCCCUUGCAUCCGUGUCUGCUCAUAUGAAUUGGGAUUCGUACUACGCUCUAUUGAAUCGGUGUUUCGAUGAGAUGAAGAUGCAUACCGAGAAGAAAAAGCGUCUGGUGAAUCUCGUCUGCUCGAUUUUGGACAGAUUUCAUUUUGCAAAAGAUGGUUGCGGACAGAUGGUUAGGACUUGCCUCGAGAAAACCUUGUUCCCCAAGAUACAGAUGCUGAUGGAAUCUGAAUCUGGUAGUGUUAAUGUGAACGGCUAUGUAGCUGCGGUGAAGGUUCUAAAGCUACUCCCCAAAGAGAUAAUGGACUCAAAUAUAGAUUUUAUAGUUUCUAAAGUUUCCGGUUUUUUGACGAACGGGUUGGAGAGCAAACGUGAUGAAGCCAGAAAGGCUCUGGCUGCUUGUUUGAAGGAACUUGGGCUGGAGGAUUACUUGCAACUUUUCCUUAAAAAACUACGUUCUCUAUUAAAGAAAGGAUCUGAUGUGCAUGUGCUCGGAUACACUGUCAAGUACAUCUUAUCGGAGUGCCUGCCCAAUCCUACGGGUUGGAAGUUGGAUCAUUGUUUGAAAGAUCUCCUUGAUGUGGAGAAAGCCGAUAUCCUUGGAGACGUUCAUGAACCUAAAGAGGAUGAAAAAACUUUAUCGAAGAAGACGAAGAAAGAAACGAAAACACGCGAGUCACGUGAUACUAUGAAAUGGAUUGCUGAAAAUGUAACGUUCAGAAGCUAUGCAGUGAAGCUGCUUGAUCCGGUCACUUCGAAGCUGGAGGGGCCUAUGACUUUAACGUUAAAAACAGAACUGGAGAAGAUGUUGAAGCAUAUUGUGGCUGGUAUUGAAAGAAAUCCAUCUGUUGAUCAAGGCGAUCUUUUCUGUUUUAUAUAUGACCGUUUUAUUAACACCAAGAGUGGUCUUGGAGACCAAGCGUCUUCUCAGCCAUCCAAAAAGAAAACGAAAUCGGGACAUCUGCAAGAAACUUCUGGUGCCAAGUCAUGUCCACAUCUCAUAACCAGGUUUGCUCUGGACUUAUUGCACAACAGACUGAAGGAAAUCCAACCAAGCAAUACUAAUGAAGAGCUGGUGUCGAAAUUGGAUCCAUUUGAACUACUUGUUGGGUGCUUGAGCUCUAAGUAUGAAGAUGUUGUAUCUAGAUCUGUUAGUUGUUUCACUGCGUUGAUAAGGUUACCUUUGCCUUCCCUCAAGUCUGAAGCAGGGAAAGUGAAAACCGAAGUGUUAACUAUCAUUGCUAAGUCUGCAGUGAAUUCCAGUGGUCCUCUUGUGCAGUCAGGCAAAAGCCUCUUAAAAGCUCUUCUCGGCAAUGAAAAUUUCAAUUUAUCACCUGGGGAGUCGAAUAUGCUGAUUCAGCUCCCCAUGAUUGUUGAUCUGGAACCGGAUUCAUCUGUGGAAUCAUUGAAUGCUUCUCUUUCACUUCUAAAGGCCAUCGUGAAAGGGAAAGAUCCGAAGAUAUAUGAUGUUGCGGAUCAGGUUUCAAGGUUGAUGAUAACACAUGAUGAUGAAUCAGUCUCCAAGAAGUGCAAAGAGUUACUGUUAGAUUUUUUGGUCAAUUAUACACUUUCUAAGAAACGCAUAGAAGGACAUUUUAGCUUUCUGCUGAAUAAUCUGAGCUAUAAACAUCCAUCUGGAAGAAAAGUAGUUCUUGAGGUUCUUCAGGAUCUUAUCAAGAAAUUCUCACAACCUAAACACAGCAAGCAGUCAGUUCUUGACCAGCAAUCUCAAAACUUGUUUGUUGAGCUUUCUUGUCGUUUGAAGACAGAAGAUAAUAAAGAAGUGCUGUUCAAGAUUGGUGAUGUGAUAAAACUUCUGAUAGGUCGCAUCAGUGAUUAUAAUUCCAUUCUUGAGUUCUGUCUGGAUUGGUAUAAGCAGGAGAACACACAGGCUAAAGCAGCACAGGUACUGGGAUUAUUCAUUGAAGUCAAGAAGGGUGCAUUUUCGAAGCAUAUCCGCAGUAAAUUGUUGCAGGAUGCUAAAACGAUUUUGGACUCUGCUGUACAGUUGCAAAAUACUGUUGAGGAAGGCAGCAGUCCUUUCUGGGAGGAACCAUACUACUCUCUGGUUAUGAUAGAGAAGAUGCUCAAGCAGUUUCCUCAUUUAUGUUUUGAAAAACAUGUAGAGGAUGUUUGGAAAAUGGUGUUUAAGUUGUUGUUGCACCCACACGAGUGGUUGCGAAGUAUAACCUGCCGGCUCCUGAAUUAUUAUUUUAAGAAAUUAGAAGAGUCUCAGAAACCACUAGUAGCUGAUUCUCUUCUUGGUAAGCCAAGUAGCCUUUUCAUGGUAGCUGCUUCUCUUUGCUUCCAGUUAAAGGUGACCCGCAGCACCCACACCACUGCAGAAGAUAUUCUCACACAGAAUAUUGUUUUUGCGGUCUCUGGUCUUCAUUCUAUGGUUGGACAAUCAGAUCAUGAGUACUGGUCAAGUCUUGACAAGGAUGAGCAAGCAAAGUUCCUCGAAGCCUUUCUAGUAUUUGAUUCAGGGAAAGUAAGGUCUACUUUCCUGGCUCUUACUUCAGACAACCUUAGCAGCGAGAAAGGCCAAGAUGAUGUAAGAAAUGUAUUGGUUGGAAGUUUGCUCAAAAGAAUGGGGAAGCUUGCUCUUGAUAUGGACUUGGUUCAUACGAGAAUUGUGUUCAGGGUGUAUAAAGAAUUUGCCUCAAAGUUGAAUCAAGAAGAGUGUCGACUAUACGCCUUCAGAUUCCUGCUUCCGCUGUACAAAGUCUGCCAAGGGUUUACCGGGAAAGUCAUCUCACCUGAGUCGAAACAGCUAGCGGAAGAGGUAAGAGACAGUGUAAGAGACAAGAGCUUAGGCAGCCAAAUGUUUGUGCAAGUUUACAGAGAAGUCAAAGAGAGCUUGGAAGCGAAGAGGGAGAAGAGGAAGCGAGAGGAGAAGCUAAUGGCGGUGAUAAACCCUGAGAGAAACGCAAAGAGGAAACUCAAGCUAGCUUCAAAGAACAAGGCUAACAAGAAAAGAAGGAUGAUGAGCUGUAAAAUGGCUAGAUGGUCACGCUCUUGAGCUCCCAUUACCAACAUUUAAGCCAUUUUUUAUUUUGUUUAAGAUUAUUAGACUAUAUAUUUAGUCAUUUCUCAAGCAUUUGUGAUCCAUUUUUUU